AGCUUUGCCACACAACAGCUCAACCAGUAUAUGUCCAAUCCAAGCAAUCAACAUUUUCAAGCAGUCACAAGGGUUCUUCGAUACCUCAAGUCAGCCCCAUCUACUGGUUUAUUCUUCCCCACUUCUUCCUCUCUCCAACUCAAAUCAUUCAGUGACUCAGACUGGGCAUCUUGUAUGGACACUAGAAGAUCAGUGACUGGAUAUUGUGUUUACCUGGGCAAUGCACUCAUCUCCUGAAAAAGCAAGAAGCAGAGAACCAUAUCACGAUCCUCAUGUGAGGCCGAAUAUAGAGCCAUGGUUGAUACAACAUGUGAGCUCAAAUGGCUUCUAUACCUUCUCCAAGACUUCCAGGUGCCCCAUUCUCACCCUGCAAUCAUCUAUUGUGACAAUCAGUCCGCGAUCCACAUCGGUGAAAACCCCACAUUCCAUGAAAGAACAAAGCACAUCGAGUUAGAUUGUCACCUGGUCAGGGAGAAAUUGCAGGCUGGGAUUGUCAAGAUACUCCAUGUUUCCAGUCUUCACCAACUUGCAGACCUGUUUACAAAGCCGCUUCCACCAGCAAUCUUCUCAACUCUCCUCUCCAAGUUUGGUGUGCACAAUCUGUUCCCACCAGCUUGCGAGGGGGUAUCAGACGAAAAUGUCAAAUUUUCGCCCCAAAUCGCAACGGCUACUAAGCCAAUUCAGUGGAGCGACGUCGUCUCGGGAAAGGCCUCAUCUUAUUCAACUGGAACGGCGUCGUCUCGUACAGCAGAGAACGUCCUCAGCAGAACGUCGUCGUAGCACUCCAACGUCUCUUUACCCUUUUGUUUUAUGUUCCCUCCAACCUCUGCAACCUCUGUUCUUACAGUCUGUAAACACAGCAAGAGCUGUUUGUCUUCUAUUGAUCGAUCCCUGUAUAUAAGAAACACAAUCAUCAAUG